GAAAGGACUUUAAGAAAAUUUAAAUGGUUCAACAAAAGAUGCUCUAAUGGAUGACAGCGCAAAUCCUACAUACAAUCUGCAGAUAGAGCCAAAAGAUGGGUGUCAUCCUGGAGACUGUGUGGAAAGUAUAGUAACCCGCUUGCCUUCUGCAUCUGAUGAAAAUGAAAAUCAGCUUGAUGGAGACGGCUGUGAGCACGUGAUAAGCAGUGACAGUGCAAUGGGCAAACCUGAAGUAUUUGAGCAAGACAAUCUCAACAAUAAUGAAAGCUGCACAGCAAGCUGUGAGGUGUCUGCAGGCGAGAACUCAGAGAGUAAAUCCUGUGAGGGCUCCAGAGAAGAACAGGCUUUCUUGGGGAAGGACCAAAAAAUGCCUGGAAAAAGAAGCCCACGAAGCAAAAGAGGCACUGCUAGGAAGAUAAUACCACAAGGACUUUCUUCAGGAGAUAAUACUCAUUUACCGCAAGAAAAUGUACUAAGUGCAACCACACUUGCUGUUUCUGAAGAGUCUGCUGAAGUAAAUGCUAAUAAUGAUCAGCCAGAAGCUCCAAAGUUAGCUCUGCAAUCUCUAUUCUCACUUAUAAGAGGUGAAGUUGAGCAGUUGGAUUCAAGAGUACUUCCCCUUUGCCUUCAUCAGAUAGCAGAAUCCUAUUUCCAGGAGGAGGACUAUGAGAAAGCAAUGAAAUUCAUCCAACUUGAACAAUUGUAUCAUGAGCAAUUGCUUGUAAACCUUUCUGCCAUUCAAGAACAGUGGGAAACAAAAUGGAAAACUGUACAACCACAUACAGUUACAUCUCUAAAGAAUUCAGAAAAAGGAUUUAAUGGUGAAGAUUUUGAACGGCUUACUAAAUUUUGCACAACUCAUCAAGAUCCUGUUUUAUCUAAACAUAAGAUAGCAGCUGUAGAAAAGACCCUGGAAAAGAAAUGCAUUGCACAGUUAGUUUCAGUGUCUGAAGAGCCAAAGGAAAGGAGAAGUACAGCCAAAGAGCCAGAGAGUAACACUUGCCUUGGCAUGGAACCAGGUGGAAAACACCAACGCGUAGAGACCCUGGAGAGCAGUUCCUGCUGUGAUCAGCUGAUCCAGCAGGCGGAUCCCCUGAGCCCUCUCCUAACUGCAGGAAAGGUCCACAAGGAGGAGCCGCUGGGCACCACCGAAGCCUCGCUGGAGCUCCCCGCCCAGCCCUUGGCGGCAGCGGCGUCUGGGCCACUCUGUUCCGAGAAUGCUUGUGAGGCUGACAGCUUGCUGCUGGCUCAAACAGAUGGAUCUCAAGCAGUGGCCAAAAUAGAGGACAUUGCUGAAGACCCUAAGUUGAUGCUUUCCAGCGAGUCGGUGAUAGAACCUUUGCUUCUACCAGGCUCUGACCAUAUACCUCCUACACUGAUUUCUGCGGGUCAGUAUUCACAGGCACAAAGAAAGGAACUUCAGUUGACUCUUGAAGAUGCUUCUGAGGCGUUGCUCACAAACAAACCUGAGAACAAUGAGCUGAAGGAACCCCAGCAACCCGAUCUCGCUGACAGUGAUGGAAAACCACCACCGGGGCCCACAGUCUCAGAGGAGUCUGAGAGGGUACUUUGUGAAAAUGGAAAAGCAUCUGCCUUAAGUGCGAUGUUUCCAGAGCUGUCUAUGGCCCCAGAGGAAAAGGAAGACCAGAAUGACUUAGUCAAUAAAGAAACCGAACACUAUUUAAAUAGCCUUUUAGAGGGGUGCCUGAAAGAUGCUGAGGAUUCCUUUUCCUAUGAAGAUAAUCAAGAGGAAGACUCUGACCUCCUUCAGGAUCUUUCUCCCGAAGAAGCAUCCUAUAGUCUACAGGAGAAUCUGCCUGCGGAUGAUGGCUGUCUUUCUCUCGAUGAUCUUGCAAAAAGGAUAGAGAUUGCUGAGGUUGUUCCCGCCGAAGGACUGGUCUCCAUACUGAAGAAGAGGAAUGAUACUGGAGGUGAUCCUCCUGCCCAAAUGCAACAGAAACCAUCCAAGCGAAGAGUGAGAUUCCAAGAAAUAGAUGACAGCUUAGACCAAGAUGAAGUUGGAGGUGGUUCUUGUAUUUUGCUGAUCUUGUUGUGCAUCGCAACCGUUUUCCUGAGUGUUGGAGGAACUGCAUUAUACUGCUCUUUUGGUGACAUGGAAUCACCUGUCUGUACGGACUUUGCAGCCAAUGUGGACUUUUAUUACACGAAAUUACUGCAGGGAAUGGCAGAACUGAAACACUGGAUCUACCUCUCCUAGCAGCAUUCAUAAGUGGCAGACAUGCUAGUUAAUGAGAAACAGAGUGAAACUUUCUAAAUCAUUUUUAUUUCAGGAGGUCUGUAAUUUGUGUCUCUUCCCUGCAGUCAGGAGCCAUGGACAUCAGAAAUAGCAAAUUUAAAUGGAAAUCCAGAGGAUCUCUUAGAAUCAUCCUCCAGUAUGAGGCAGGUAUUUACCUGAGUGUUGUGGAUGGAAGGAGUGAUCUUUGGGAGAGUAUGUCCAUAGCUUCCUCGCUGCUUUCUAGUGUACCGAGCUAUACUGAGCAGAAUUUCACAGGGCAAUGUGAAGCCAUGCCUCAUCCACCUACACCUUGUCACGCUAACGGUUAAGGACACUUGGCUUACACUUGUUGGUCCAAAGACAUUGCUUUCAGCUGUCAUGCAAUAAGUUUGUGUAUAAGCAAAGAGUUUACCUUACGGUUCCAGUAGGUUUAUUUUAGUUAAUCAUGGGAGCUGUGUAAUUUAGCUUUGUAUAUUAUUUCUAGAUUAUGUUCUUCCAUUUGUGAAAUGAUUGUGUCUGAGUGUAUAUGUGUGCGUAUGCACACAGUUGUGUGUGUGUGUGUUUCAGACGGUUCUCAUGUGAAAAUACCCAACAUAAAAUAUCAAUUUUUAUUCUUUUAACUUAUCAGUAGAUUUGCAGGCACAAAUCUUUGAAGAAGACUUAAUUGUGGAUGAGAUAAAUUAUAGUAAUCCUGACCCUGCAACGAGAAAUUAUGACAGGUUUGUGACAACCCAAUUAGUCAAAAAUUAAUUACAGUUUAGAAGUAAAAAUUAAUAAAUUCCCCGAGUCUCAGGCAGCCAGUUUCAUCAUGGAUUCAAUGUUUCCUGAAAUAGUUUGAAUGCUGGACUCAACUCAACAAACUUUUAUUACCUAUUAUGUUUUGAGAAUCUAAAAAUCAGAAUAUAAAAAUAAAUAAGAUCCUAAUUCCCUCUAUGGAUGUUUUAAAUAGGGCUUACAUAAAAUAAACUAAAACUUUGGCAAUGAGUUCAAGUCAUCACGUGUAAUUCAGUAUUUAGAGAUUAUGUAUUUGGAUGUUUCAACAUGCAUUCAAAUUAUGAACUUAACUUGGGCCUGUUAAGAGGCCAUUAAGCGAAAAUUCAAUCAUAACAUAAAUAGGCAAAUUUGUCUCAAUUUUGUUUAUAGCAGGUUGCAUUUCAUUUUCUAAGACAGUGAUUUAACAUUUUAGGAAACCUUCUUUGGCUUUUUAUAUUAUAGGUAACAUUUUAAAAACAUGAAUUAUAGUUUUUUAGCAAGUGAUUGUUAUUUCAUGGGUUUUUUUUGCCAUAAUCACUUGAACAGAAGGGGGAUAAAUUACUUUCUAGUUGUUACUGGCUGGUACAGUACCUCCCUUUAUGCUUCUGCUUAUUUAUUUAGAUGAUGUGACUUCAAAAGGGCUUUUUACCUAAGUUGAAAAUGUGUUGUUGAGCAUGCAUUUUGUUACCCCAGUGCUAGGUAUUUAAUUACUGUGUAUUUGGAGUUUUGAUUCACUAUCAUUUUAGUUCAGUGUCUUUUUUUAUGCUUUAUUUUUAAAUUUACUUUCACUGAUAAGACUGUUUGACUUGUCUUUGUCAUGUCACCAUGAGCUGUAAUAUUUUCAAGGAUUAUAGAUCAAAGAUAUUUAUUUAGAAAUAUACAAGAUGCUGAAAUUUAGAUUCCUUAUACUUAAGGAUGACUUUAUUAGAGGAUUAUUUUAAUGUUCUAUUAUAAAUUUUAAGAAUUUGUAUUCAGAUUAUAUGUAAAAUAUGUAAAGUGUUGAUGGUACUAUAUAUCUUAUCUGGUUCUGUAACACACAUUUAUAAGGCCUCCAGUGAGGACUUCCCCAUCAGAGACAGCCCUUUUCUGCUUUACUCUCAUGCUUUUUUAUACAGGAAUUUGGUGAUGCCAGUUUUAUGUCAAGAUAAUUUAAAUUUUUUCUCAUAAGCAAAUCCUUCAAGUUGCUAUCAAAAGUCUUUAAUAAUCUCUGUGAUUUUUGCCUCUCAGCCACCAGAGUCCAUCUUUCUGACACUGACAAUUUCCUGAAAACCUUCACCCUUAGAUGAAAAGAUUGAGAUCAGACUUUGGUACUUAGGGGCUCCGUUGUGUCUCAGAAACAACUGUGUGUCCUCACCACUUCCUAGGAUAGACAAGAACACAUGAGAAUAUUGAUUUAAGUCUUGACUUAAAAUAGGCAUGAAAUCUCAACUAGAACUUUUUUAAUAGUCACUUAUUGCAUGAAUUGGAGUAAUCCCAUUUGGUAAUGACAGAAUUAUUUUCUCAUUCAUGAAAAA